UCGGUGGUUGAGGGAGGUGGGAAAAUAUUUGAACCCUUGAGGCCUUGAUAUGUAAAUCUCAAAAAUAGCUCCUAAGAGUGCUAAGUCAUAAGUAUACUUUACCCCACUCACAUUGUCAGACAUAAAUCAUUUAUUAUCCGCUCCAUUUUUUGCAGGUUCAAACUUAAUUAAGAUCAUUCAACUUUUAUCUAUUUAUUUACUACUAGUAUAUAUUAAAUUGUAUAAAUGUGGUCAAUUUGGUAGAUUAGAAACUAGAAAGUGUGAUAAAGAUGCAAGGAGAAACUGUUUUGGUAAAUGUGGAAUGCUUAAGAGGCAGAUUACAAGCUGAAAGAGCUGCUUCUAGAGCUGCUGAACAAAAUGUUGAUCUGUUGGCUACGAAGUUAAGUGAGCUAGAGAAACAGCUAAAGAUUGAAACAAAGUAUAGAAGAAAAGCAGAAAAGAAGCUGAAUAUCCUAAUAAAGAAGCUUGAAUCUUUGAACAUUCCUAAGAACAACGUUAUUUCAGGGGAAUAUAAGCGAUUAGGUUCAUCAAACAAUUCUGAAAUUUCGUGUUUGUCAUCAAUCACCUCUACAAGCUUUAGUCAUCAAGAAAAUCAUCUUCCAGUGUUUCGAGGAUCGAAAUCGAGCUCGAUUUGUAGUGAAAUUGCUGAGGAAAAUACAGAAUCUGAUAUUAGUGUGAAACAAAAACGCCAAGAUGUUAUCAAAUGUGAGCGAAACCAAAUUGAUCACACUAUUGGGAGACAAGAAAUGGACGAAAAUUGUCACGGAUUGAAGCAAUUAUCGUUGGAGAAAAGCAAUGAUGAUGAGAUUGACGGCAAUCAAGAUAAACAUUUCGUUGAUAAUUCAUUGGCAUUGGUUCCCAUGAGCCCCGUUGUAGAACUAAACACUUCUUCCAAAGGGCCAUUAGAAGUUAAUAGUGAAAAUGUCAAAGAAGUCCUUCAUACAUUAAAGCAAAUUAGAGAAAAUAUUCAAAGCUCCAUUAGAGGUCAAGGGGCAUUAUUAAAAGUUGGUUAAUGUUUUUGUAAGUAUAAUUUUCUUUAUUUUCUUCAAUUUAUAUAUCAAUUUCUGUAAUUUUAGAUGAUAAUAAUGGAAAUUCUUACUUUGUUUUUUCUUAGCAAUAUUGGAAAAUAGGUUGUAAUAAUUACAAGUGUACAACUUUGGUUGAAUAAUCUCAACUUUCAAUUAUUACUAGUUUUGUGCCCCGUGCGAUA